CAGAUCAUGGGGCUGGGUGUGCAGGACUGGGAUCUGUGGACCAAGUGCAGGCUGAGGUCCCACAGCAGCAUAGAUGAUGCACCCUGGCCCCCGGCCCAGCCCCUCACAUCAAGGUGGUCACUCUAAUUCAUCCCUGUCUCUUCCCCACAGCCCCCACGCUAGGGAAGACGUGGGUGGCCUUCACUGCCGGGAGGCUUGUCGGCUGCCAGGCUCCAGGGCAUGAGGGAUUCCCCCACACCAGGCCACCCUGAGAAGACUGGCCCCCCAGCAAGAUGGCCAUGUGGGGCUCCCGGGAGCUGGUCCUGUUGUGGCUCCUGGUGCUGGCCGCCAGUGGUGUGGACCACGUCUGUGGCGCAAACCACGUCUACCAGCCUGGCCGAAGAGUGUGUGCAGACAGGGCUCCCAGGGGUGCGGUCUCCGAGUCCUUUGUGCAGCGGGUGUACCAGCCCUUCCUUACAACCUGCAAUGGACACCGGGCCUGCAGCACCUACCGGACCAUCUACAGGAUUGCCUACCGCCGCAGCCCCAGGCCAGCCCCGGCUAGACCACGCUACAUCUGCUGUCCCGGCUGGAAGAGGACCAACAGGCUCCCCGGGGCCUGUGGAGCAGCAGUAUGCCAGCCACCGUGCCAGAAUGGAGGGAGCUGUGUCUGGCCAGGCCGAUGCAACUGUCCUGCCGGGUGGCAGGGGCAUACCUGUCAGACAGAUGUGGAUGAAUGCAGCUGGGGACGAGGCGACUGUCCCCAGCACUGUGUCAACACUGCAGGCAGCUACCGGUGCCAGUGUCAGGAGGGGCACCGCCUGUCUGCAGACGGGACACUCUGCCUGCCCAUGAGAGGGCCCCCCAUGGUGGCCCCAAGCCGCAGGCCAGGAGUGGACCGUGAGGUUGAGCAGGAAGUGCAGAGCUUGCAGUCCAGGGUGGCUGUGCUGGAGCAGAAGCUUCAGCUGGUGCUGGCCCCCCUGCACAGCCUGGCCUCUCGGGCCCUGGAGCUUGGGCUCCCUGACCCCAGCAGCCUCCUGGCACACUCAUUCCGGCAGCUGGAGCGCAUUGACUCCCUGAGUGAGCAAAUCUCCUUCCUGGAGGAGCAGCUGGGGGCCUGCUCCUGUAAAAAGGAACUGUGACUGGCCAGACCCCUUGGAAACCAGCCAUCAUCUGGCUACAAAGAGAGCCCAUGGGACUCUGUCUUCUCGUCCCAUGCUGGACUGAGCCCCACCAGCCCUGCCCCACUGCCAGCAUUGGGCACUGGACAGUCUGCCUGCAGCCCACUUCAGGCUGGUAAAUUACACAGGCAGUGGCUACCAGGCUCGGGGAUGGGGCCCUGUGUGUGAACCCAGCCAGCCCAGCCCUCACCCUGGCCGGUGAGCCAAGCCCAGGCCAACUCCAUAACCCUGCUGGCUCCGCAGUGCCCAGUGAGCCCCACUGUCGCCCACAGCUGAGGGAAGGUACGAGGACUCCCUGCCCCAAGCUUAGCAGGGUUGUCUUCCGGGAAGGGGCCCCUGUCCCUUGGUCUUUGUCAAAUAAAAACGAGACUUGA